GCAAUGCAACAACUGAAUCUUCGACAAACUCUUCAAGAUCGAAGCUUUGGGGUUUUGUCAGAAGAGGAGGUGAGAGAGAGAGAGAGAUAAGAAAUUGCGGAUUCAGCUUUGGGCCUCUCAGAGUCGGGUUUGGGUUCGAGCUUUUGUUGUCUCACAGAUCUUCUGCGUUUGGCGUUCUGCGUGUGGCGUUUGCGUCUGAACACCACGUGCAUUCGCGAUGGAGGAAACAGGCACUUUUGCCAGAGAGUGAGAGAUUGGUGGAAGAGAGGAGAAAGCGGGGCAAGAAAAGAAAACUAUCAACGAACAGAGAAAGGGAAACCAAAAUGGCCUUCACUUACACCCCUCUCUCUCUCUCUGCCUUUUUCCGUUUUGCAAAUAUUCCCUUAAAAAAAAACAAAAAUCCAUUAUCCCCAAUGAUUCAAAUCCACCAUUUCUUCCCUAUUCUCUAUCUUCCUCUUCAUCUUUUACCGCCACCGCCACUCUUAGGCCAUCGGAACCACCGCCGCCGUCUGUCCCUUCAUCCUCUCUCUCUUCCCGUUGUUCUAACAGGUCGACCAGGAUAGAGCCUACAGGAGACGGAAGAAGAGCGAGGAAGAGCUCCAAUGGCCGAGUAGUUCCGCUCAUGUAAUAUCCCAGUUGGCUAAAUGUUUUAGUGAGUGCACAAAUUAAUGCUUUUCAUAUAUCCAGUAUAGAGUGUGACAUAUAUAUAUAGAUGCAUUGUCUGAAACCGGUGCGGAUGAAGCUACAGCUAUGGUUGGAUCAAGAGCAUGGAUUGGAGGGUUGUUCACACGCUCCAAUAGACGCCACGAGAGGUUCAUCGACUAUCCCUUGUCUAUUCUUCAGGAACAAAGAUUUCAAAGACUGCAAGAUCGAAUACUAGUUCCCUUUGACGAGACGCGUCUUGACCAUCAGGAAGCGUUACGUUCGCUGUGGCGUAUUUCAUUUCCGAGUGUCGCUCUCACGGGUUUGGUAUCGGAGCAGUGGAAAGACAUGGGAUGGCAAGGCCCCAAUCCUUCUACAGAUUUUAGGGGUUGCGGGUUUGUUUCCCUCGAGAACUUGCUAUUCUUCGCCAGAACGUACCCUGUAUCUUUCCGAAGGCUAUUGCUAAAACAAAGAGGCGACCGUGCCAAAUGGGAGUAUCCCUUUGCUGUUGCCGGAAUCAAUAUAUCCUUCAUGUUGAUUCAAAUGUUAGAUUUACACGCAGAUCCAAAGCCGAAAUGUGUUCCAGGGAUGAACUUCCUCAAACUCUUAGAAGGUGUAUAUAAACACAUAUAUAUAUAUACACACAUGUGUGUGUUUGUGUCUGAGAACUCUGCUUUAUUUGAGUUCCUGUCGGAUAUGAAUGUUGCAGAAGACGAGAAGGCCUUCGACGUACUAUACUGUAUAGCUUUCGCCAUGAUGGACGCUCAGUGGCUUGCCAUGCAUGCUUCCUACAUGGAAUUCAACGACGUGCUGCAGGCCACGCGGAAUCAGCUAGAGAGAGAGCUUUCGUUGGAUGAUAUUCAUCGGAUACAAGACCUUCCUGCUUACAAUCUCUUGUUCCAGUAGAUCUUGUAACUAGUUCUCUUCUCCCACAUCUUUGGAACUUGGCAUUUAACCGGUUCCCGACAUUGAUGAGGUCGCAUGUUUCGGAAUGUAACGUAAUGUAUAUCCAGACAUUCACGUAGACGAAAGGCAACAAAAGAAGCUCAUUUCCAUGUUAAACUCCAUUUAUAU